CAACCAAACCCGAUUGAUACCAAGAGCCAAAACGGUUCGAGGAUUAUCCAAUAAUCCCGCAGUUCACAGUUUAAGCUACAAAAAAAGGAGGGAUUUGAACUUCACCGACGUAACCUAACCGAGCGUCUGUGUGAGAGAGAGAUUCCGGCGAAGAAUGAGGUUUAAUUUCGAUAUACCGGAACCAAACACCAAAGAAGCCCUAACACCACCGUCACACUCAAACUCACACUCACAGUCACUGUCACGGUCGCCGUCAUCCGCUACUCCGGCCAACGAUGAGGUCGAAUGGCUUCCUCUUCAGAACCACCCGAUUUUCUCCACUCCAACGGCGGCGAAUGAUGCUCCGAGGAACCGGAAUCUGAUGGCUUGGGACGGUGCUUCUCGCCUCUACUACUGGGACUUAAAUACGCAAUCGCUUCAUCGUAUUUCUCUCCGGUUCGGUGAACCGGAUCCGACUUCAGUCCUCGCUGCUUCCCCUUCAAAGGUGUUGCGAACUGAUGUGGAGCUCAAUUUCGUGGUAGGUAGAAUUACUAUCAACAGACAUGGGUCGGCUUUACUUUUAGAAGGAUCGAAUGGGUUAUGUGUUAUGUACCUGUAUGGGCGUUCUUCGUCAAAAGAUAGUGCUGUUAUAUGCAGGACAGUAUUCGUCGGCUCAGAUCUCUACCUCAACACGAACAAUGCCAUACGGACUUUAAAAGUAUCAUGGCACCCUUAUAGUGAUACUCAUCUUGGAAUUCUGUCUUCGGAUUCGGUUUUCAGGCUUUAUGAUCUGUCCUCUGCUAUUGAGCAACCAGAGCAAGAGUAUUACUUACAGCCAGUUGUACGUGGUAGAUCAAGGAAUGCUUCAUCAAUAUGCCCUGUUGACUUUUCUUUUGGUGGCGAUCAUUUGUGGGAUCGAUUUAGCGUUUUUGUUUUGUUUAGUGAUGGUGCGAUUUACAUCCUUUGUCCGGUUGUUCCUUUUGGGAGUGUGUACAAAUGGGAGUCUGUAUUGGAGAUAUAUAGUGAUGCUCAGACAUUCGGACUAAAAUCUGGUAGCGCAAAAGCCGUUGGUAAUGCCACUCUGGCAGUUUCUUGGUUAGAAGCCACGUUUCCCGAGUUGGCUAGACAAGCAGCGGAAGGUGGGACCCAACCUGCUCUAAAAUCCCAUCCUUAUGCUCCAUUUGAUGCAUCAGUUUCGUUACAGGGGCCUCUUCAUAAAGUUUACCAUGGAAACGAAGAAGAUUCUGAGUUCAAAGUUACCGAGUGUGACGGCCGAGCUGUCAGUUUUCUCUACAAGGCUGUAAGCAAAGAUUCCGUUCUCGUUACAGUUUGGAGUGGUGGACAGUUACAGAUAGAUGCAUUAGCUGAUGAAAUACAGCCCGUUUGGAUGGUGGGUAACCAUCCCCGUAUUUCUGUCGAUUUGCAAAAACGAGUCGUUGGUUUCGCCAUGAUUUGCGAAACACAUUCCAAUGAGGAAUCCGUUGUGUCAUUUGAACAAUCGUCUGAUAAAAAUAUUUGGUUGGGUCACUCACCGCCAUUGUUAAAGUUGGGUACUGUUGAUUUAGCCCUACCUGGAAAAACGGAUACUGGUUCUGUAAUAUCAUUGUUUAACGAUCCACUUAUUCCCGAGCGAAUAUAUUGUGUUCAUGAUGGAGGUGUGGAUUCAAUAGUGUUGCAUUUUCUUCCCUUCACUAAUCAGAAAAACGGGAUAGAUGAUGACAUGAGACCGCCAACUGUACAGUCGGUUCUUAACACGUGCCAGGUGGAAUCCUCGGUGUCUUCGUUAUAUGGUUUUGUGGCAUUGGCAGAUUCGUUUGGAUCUUGUUGGAUUGUGGGGCUCACGUCUGGUUUUGAAUGUAUUGUGCUCGGAAUGGAAAGUUGGAAUCUUUUGCUUCCUGCUCGUGCUGAUAAAGAAAAGAAAUUCGAAAGUUUGGAAGAAAAUACGGUUACCGGAGAUGCUACUAUUAUAAGUAAAGAAUUACUCGCGGGCCCGAAAGUGGUUAUUGUGCCACCUACUUCACCGAACCCUGUUGCUGCUGACUCUAUUGAAGGGAGGUCUACGCUACAUCAGUACUUCAAGCUUUUUCAUGAGAACUAUGUUGAGUAUGCACAUAAGGUUUACUUUGAGCUCAAACACCAUGGACCGCAACUAAAGAAAAUAAUUGAUGAACAACAUGCUCGGUUACGUGAGGCACAACAAAAGCUAGCGAAAGUAGAAGAGAAACAAGAAAAUUUGGAAAACCGAAUAGAUCGCGUAAUUCAGACUCAUGGUUUGUUAGAAGAACGGUUGUUAAACCUAAGAAACCUACCGGGAAUCCACAAGAAACCGUUGUCGAAAGCAGAGCGAGAGUUCAAGAUGGAGCUUGACAAGUUUAGAGGAGUGGAAAUAGAUGCGUUACACACAACCAUAGAAGCUAUAAAUGGUCGAAUAAAAAGAUAUUCAUCUUCUCCACAAAGCAAAAGACCGAAUCAAAGAAGGCUGAUUGCAGGGCGGAGAAUGAGUAAUGCUGAAGAUGAGAUGGCCCACCUCAAAUCGUCAAUUGCUAAGCUUUCUUUAGUCAACAGUGAGAACACCAAAAAAGUCAAACUUGUGGAUUCAGCUUUGAGAAACCGUGAAAGCUCAAGUUGAUGAAAGGUAACUUAUUACAAACUUGUUAGAAAUCAAGAAUUAUGUUAUCACUAGCUUUUGGUUGGUUGAAAUGCUUUGACUUUUGCGUUGACAUUUUGGUUUUGAGUUGAUCAUACACCUGCAAAAGUGCCUAGCGAAUGCCCUUAAAGAAAUUUGAAGAAAAUGUUAUGUUUGAAGUAU